AGAGUUCCUGACGUAUUGUCUCUUCUAAGCAAAACCUUCUUCUUUUACAGAGACCUUGCUCCUUCUCUCACACAGGCAUAGCAGAGACACUCCACCAAUAUCAAUUUCUUCAACCAUGUCUGCAGUCACUCUGUUUCUUCUACUUCUCGUAUUCACACUCACAAUCUACACGAAACCAUCGAAUUCCGCUAUAGACUCCUUCGUCUACGGUGGCUGUUCACAGGUCAAGUUCAACCCCAGCUCACCUUACGAGAACAACCUCAACUCGCUCCUCGCUUCCCUGGUCAACUCCGCCUCGUUCACCACUUACAACAAUUUCACAAUCCAAUCCCCCUCCUCCAAAGACAACACCCUCUAUGGCCUCUUCCAAUGUCGGGGAGACGUCGGCGGCGGUGACUGCUCCCGCUGCGUCGCACGCGCCGUGACUCAGCUCGGCACACUCUGCCUCGACUCAACAGGGGGCGUCUUGCAACUCGACGGUUGUCUCGUCAAAUACGAGAACGCGACCUUUUUAGGCGUGGAGGACAAGACUGUGGUGUUGAAGAAAUGUGGGCGGUCGAUCGGAUAUGACUCUGAUGCGUUGACCAGGCGUGAUGCGCUGUUGGGGUAUCUUGCGGCGGGUGAUGGAUCUUACAGACCGUACAAGAACGGUGGGUCCGGUGACGUGUACGGUUACGCCCAGUGCCUUGGGGAUUUGAGCGGGAGCGAGUGCCAAGAUUGCUUGUCGGAGGCGAUCCAACGAUUAAAAACUGAUUGUGGGCCCACUGCUGCGGGGGACAUGUACUUGGCUAAGUGCUACGUGCGGUUCUCGGAAGGUGGCUCUCAUUCGCACGACGGAAAUGACAAGAACAACAAUGAUGAUGAGAUUGAGAAGACACUUGCAAUCUUAAUUGGACUCAUUGUUGCAGUUGCAUUGCUCAUUGUGUUCCUCUCUUGCCUAAGAAAAUUGUGUGAGAAAGGAAAAGGUAAAUAGUCAUGCAUCUAUCAAAUUGGCUUUUCAAUUGGUGGCCUUUUUGCUUUCCCUUUUUUAAGUGGUUUAUCAAUACUUCCCUCAAAGAGAAGAUAUAAAGAUGAUCAUGUUCAUGGACAGGACAAAGUUACCUUGAAACUAGCAAAAGGGUUAAGAAAAGAAAAGGCUCUAGAGAUUCCACAAUCAUCCUUACAUGAACCCACUUAACAUUGUUUGCUUUGUCUUUUUAUUUUUUGUACAAAUAGUGAACACUUUUUGUUAAAAAAAGGUGAUGCUUGUGACUCUACAUAUAUAUAUAUAUAGUUAGUGCCUUUGAUGGGGGGUGUUGUCAAA